CUUGAGUCGUUCCCUAUUGCAACAAUGGCUGAGCGCAUCCGUCACGACUGGUUUCAGACCGCGUCGCACGUCUCGAUCGCCGUCUUCAUCAAGCAGGUCCAGCGCGAGCACGUCAAGCUCGACCUCACUCCCUCCACGGUGAGCCUCACGGUCAAGCUCCCGGCGUCGACCUCAGAGUACUCGCUGGAGCUCGACCUCCACCGUCCGAUUGUCGUGGCCGAGUCGUCCUUCAACGUGUUUGGCACCAAGAUUGAGAUUCAGCUCAAGAAGCAAGACCAAGGCGUGCGCUGGGAUGCUCUCGAAGGGCAGGCGUCCAGCACCGCUCCUGCUGCCGUCAUGGCCGAUGGAAGCUCGUCGUCAGCCCCCGUCGCUGCUGCCGCCGCUGCCGCCGCCGCGCCUGCCGCAGAGUCGUCGGGAAAGGCUCUUUCGUACCCGACGUCUGCCAAGCGCCCCCACGACUGGGACAAGCUCGUUGCCGAAGUGAACGAGGAGGAGAAGAACGAGAAGCCGACUGGCGACGACGCGCUCAACGCUCUCUUCAAGCAAAUCUACUCCAACGGCAACGAGGAGACCCGGCGAGCAAUGAACAAGUCCUUCUCCGAGUCCGGCGGCACCGUCCUCAGCACCAACUGGGGCGAGGUCGGCAGCGGCGAAGUCAAGGUUCAGCCUCCAGCCGGCGUUCAGCCCAAGACCUGGAAGGAAAUGACCCAGUAA